AUGAAAUUCAAUGAUCUCCCUGAUUGUUUAAAAUAUUGUACUAUAAAAUUCUAAAUGGUUAAAUAUAAUUUAGAGUUUUUUUUAAAAACUGAACCGUAUAUAUAAAUUGCUGCAAGAUAUCAGACUAUACUAUUUGGUUCAAGAAAAUUUGAUUAAUUGGAUUUGGAUAAUCCAAUAAAAUUCAUCGCAUUUGGUGGGUAGAAGGUUUAAAAGAAAUUAAGUGGGUUUGGAAAGGAUAUUGAGAUGGAAAUAGCAGAAUUUGGUUGUAUUUUUUGGAGGGAGGAUUGUGAUAGAAUCAUCGAAUAUGAGAGGGGGGAUGUAGGUCAGAUUUGA